AUGCUCUCGCAUUGCUCCACUGACUCUUGUUCCAUUUUGCUUGGCUCGUUCGCCUACUAUGAGGACGAUGACCUUUCGCAAUCGAGCCCUCCUAACAAGGCUGUUCUGUCUUGUCUUCGAAAUUAUCAUGAGCCGAGAAAAACAGAUAUCCUUCUGUACAAGCCGGAAGUCGGGCACAGUCUGGAUUCUUGUGAGUUCGAGCAGCUUUGGCACCUGAUUACCAUUGUCUCCCUGAUUCAAGUGCGUCUGAAAUUGUCUUACCACUGGUCUAGUCAUCUCAUCAACACUCCCGGCUUUGACAACACGUAUAGAACUGACAAUAUCGUCUUGCGGUCGCUGGGAGCUUGGCUCUCUCUUACCUACAAAAACAGUAUUUGUCUUCACGAUUUGUAUAUCUACAUCGCAUCACCACCAAAUGAAGUCGAGUGGAGCGACACUAUGAUAUUGACGAAUCUGCUAGAGAUCUCAUCGUCAUUUUUCUUCCUUCCACGAGACUGCGAACAGCGUCUAGAGCCCCCACCACAGAUGGGGGUGGCGAUCCAAGGCGGAAUGGUGGAUCAGCACAAGGUCCUUGAAAGAAUUUUGGCUGGACAAGAACUAUCCAUUGACUUCAAAUCCAUUAUUUCGCCAAGAUCGAUGAGCUCAGGAUUAAGCGUCUAUCCCAAAGCCAAACCAUCUUCCAAACUAUCAUUAUCAAAACCUCAUCGGUUUUGGGACUCGCGAUCUUCGUCUACCCCUUGA